UAUUUUUCUUUCUUUUAUUAAUAAAUGUUAGUGUACGCAUUAUCUAAGUAUUUAAAAAUACUCGAGCAAUAAAAAAGAACAUGCAUAUUGUUUCAAAUUAUCUUUGUUUUUCGCUUUGUCACGUUCAGUUUCUAUGGUCAUGGCAUUGGUAUAAAUUGCAUUGAGUUUCCGCGUCGAUACAUUGUUGUACAUACUUUAAAGUUCGCAAUAUACGUAAGUUGCUUAUGUAUCCGUAACCGACAACACUGUCAUGGUGUUGCUAAGGCACCAUCUGACAUAUUCAUCGCAAAAUUUGACAUUUUUCACGGUAUACGAUACUUAGAACAUUUUAUCAUACAGACGCUAUUUGUGUUGUUUACAGUGACUUGAAAAUUUCAUCUCAGUCAAAAAAUGGAAUUCACUCGUGAAAAUUUUCGUGCGAUGAUUUACUACGACUUUCGACGUGGAUUAUCUCAACAAUAGUGCAUCGAUCAACUCACUUCGACUUUUGGCAAUAAAGUACCAUCUAAAACCAUUGUAUAUCACUAGUAAAUUCAAUCGUGGCCGCUCACGUUGAUCGCUCACUGACAAAUUUAGAAAGUCGUCUAAAAUCAAUUGUGCGCAAACUGAUAAUGCAAGAUCAUCAUGUCACAUAUCGUAAGAUUGAGGCAUCCUUGGGCAUUAGUAUGACAAGCAGAUAUAAGAUUUUACAUGAACAUUUAGCCGUAAAAAAAAUUUAUUCGCUUUGGAUUCCGCAUAAUUUAACAAUCGCUUAAAAAAAGGCUCGUGUCGAUUGGUGCAAAAGUGCUACAAAAAUUGGUUUAAACGUAUGCAAAAGUGUAUCGAUCAUCGCAGAAAAUAUUUGGAAAAACAAUACCAAUUUCAAACAAACCAUUUUCGAUGACAAAUAUUCGUUUUUGUUUAUUAUUUCGGAUACUAAAAUGAAAUGUUCUAAGUAUGUAUACCGUCAAAAAUGUCAAACUUUGCGGUGGAUAUGUUAGAUGGUGUCUAGCAACACCAGUGUUACUAGUUCUGGAUACAUAAGUACCAAAUCUCGUAUUCUUUGUUUAAAAAUUAUCAUCGAUUGUACUCUUAUAUUCUCUUAUUUUUUAAGACAAAUGUAGUAUCUGGCCAAAUCGAUUCUUGCCUCUAAUAUCGACGGUCUAAUUAAAAUCCGUAUUAGAAACGUUUAUCUUGGAGAUCCUGAACAUUUUACUUUUUUAAAAUGUUAACUUCGACUGUAUAUUAUCAUGUUUUGCUACUUUUCAUGGCAAAGAUAAUUCCUAGUCAAUCGGAUUGCUCUUGUAACCUACCGAAAUCGGACUUUGCAACUGACGUCAACCUGCUUUAUUACAAAUGUAAUAAUGAAAUCCCUUCAACAAUUGCCUAUCCUAUUAUAACACCAGAAAAUUUGGUAAAAGUACUAGAACCUUCUAAACAAACAAUUUUUUACGUUUUUGGAUAUACGCAAUCUCCGGAAAACAAUAAUGUCCAGUUAAUGAUAAAAGCGCUCUGUUAUGGAAGAACAGAUAACAUCGUGUUACUUGAUUGGAGUAGAUAUUCCAGCGGCUUUUAUAUGACCGUUUUCAAAAACGCUGAAAAAAUAGGAAGAUUAUUUGCUAAAAGUAUAGAAAACCUCGUAAACUCCGGUCUCGAUGUAACUAAAAUUUAUAUCGUUGCACAUUCGUUGGGCGCGCACAUAGCUGGUUUUGCCGGUAAAUGCAACAAGAAUUUCAAAAUACCCCGCAUUACAGGAUUAGAUCCUGCAAAUCGUAUAUUUUAUCCUACCGGAUGUUACCUUACGAGUAAAGACGCAUCAUGGAUUGAUGUUAUUCAUACGGACAUGGGUGGAUAUGGCACUUCCAAAUAUAUGGGAACAGCAGAAUUUUACGCAAAUACUGGUCACCGUCCUCAACCCGGUUGUCCAUUAUCAGGAUUACCAUUAAGCACAAAUGAUUUCUGUAGUCAUGGAAGAUCAGCUAAGAUAUACGCAAAAUCAAAGAUUUCUCCUGCUGAAUUUAUUGCGAAGCGAUCUUUCACCGAUCCUAAUUAUAAUAAUUUAGAUGUAAAUCAAAUAAGUGGAGUUGGAUAUGCAGCAUCAAAUGUAACCGGAUUCUUUAAUUUUAAGACAGGAAUUCUUUAAUAUAAAAGAAAAAGAGAGAAAGAGAGAGAGAGAGAGAGAGAGAGAACUGGUUUGAGAGUGUGACCUAGUACAUAUUGUCUGAAAUACCAAAUACAAAAAUCAAAACCUAUGUACAACAAUUUUCAUCAUUUUUCAUAUUGGAAUUUUGAUUGCAGAUUCAUUAUCAACAAUCUCAAAACCUAUAUGUAACAAUUUUUGCGAUUAUAAUCAGUAAUAUAAUUAAAUUUUGUAGGUGUUAAUAAUUCCUUUAAAAAUUUGUUUAAUAAUUUUUUUAAUAAUUCUUUUAUUAAGAAAAUUUUAAUAGAUUAUAUUUACGAUCUAUAAUAAUCGCAGUAAAACGUAUUAAAUACGUUAAUGUAUAUUAACAUACAAUAAUGUACAUUUAAUUAUGUUAACCCAUUAUUAGAUAAACAUUUUUAAAUAUUUUUCUAAAAUUCAUAAAUUGCUUUAUUAAAUAUAUUGUAUAUUUAUAUUAUUCAUGUAUAUUCAUUUAUUUUAAAAUUAUAUUUACUGCUUAUAUUAACGUUAACAACUUUUUUAAAAUUUUUGAUUGUUAAAUUUACAUGAAUUAAUAAAAAUCAUUUUAAUCUUGAACGACCCAUAAUUGAGACAGCCAUCUUAUCUCUUAUGGGAAAAA